AUGCAGGUUGUAUCCAUCUUCACUACAUGUUUCGUCGUCUCCAGCGUACACCCAGAACCUACUCUGGGUAGUACCAAGCUGUGGCCGACUGCUGGUACUGUGGAAAUCGUCUUUGGCGGUGUUGUACUGCAGCCCCAUUGUCAUCAUCCCACUGUCUUGUUCUCUCGCCCAGAGCGGCCAACUAGUCAGCGGUACAGUAGAUUGGCCAUCCUCAAUUCGCUCCACCGCUUUACCCACGCGCAAGGCAGAGCUAAUCAUGAAUCGCUCCACCACCAGCAGCACAAGUUUGAGAGCCGCUACCUUCCUUGGACUGCCCGACGACAUCGCCUCUCGCGCCCUGCAACGCGCACUCCUCCUCCCCCUACUGGCAUUCCCAGCCGUCCUUUGAAUACGCUGGUCGACCGUCAAGGCACCUCCGCGCUUUCCCCGCACCGCACCGCAGACCAUACAAAACCAUACUACCACACAUCCACACAUCCACACAUCCACACCACCACUAUGGCGUGGCAACCCCAGGACGAGCACUUGCGCCAGCUGGCGCACUGCCUCAAAGACACACUCAAUGGCUCUGACCAGAGUGCGCGAGAGAAUGCUGGCAUUAUGCUCAAAUCCGCGAGGGACUCGCCUGAUAUCGACAAAUACCUGGCCUAUGUUCUCUCCAACCGCCAGCCUCCGCCCGCCGUGAAUAUGGACGCCUCUCAGUACUUCCAGGCCCGCUCGGCCGCGGCCGUCAUGCUCAAAAACGACAUCAAGACUACAUACAAGACCAUGGCGGACAGCACAAAGGACUACAUAUGCUCAAUCAUACUCGUUGGACUCCAGGACCAGAGCUCGCAGAUGCGGGGAUAUGCUGGCAAUGUCAUUACCGAGAUUGUCCGACAAGGUGGCAUCAUGGGCUGGCCUCAGAUUCUCUCCGAGUUGAUCAACAUGGCCAGCACCACAGAUGGUAGCGUCUCAGCGCAGGCACAGGAGGGCGCCAUGAACGCUCUCCUCAAAAUCUGCGAGGACAACAGGAAGGCCCUCGACAAGCAGUACCAGGGACAGAAACCCCUGAACUUCCUCUUCCCGAAGCUACUCGAGUUAACGACCAGCCCUUCUGCUCGAGUCCGCGCCGAUGCCCUCGCCAGCAUCAACGUCUUCGUUCCAGAAAAGCCUCAGGCGGUCCUCUCCAACAUCGAGACGCUCAUGCAACAGCUCUUUUCGUUAGCCAGUGAUCCCAGCGAAGACGUCCGGAAACACGUUUGCCGAGCUUUUGUUCAUGUUGCAGACAUUGCACCUCAGGCGAUAAUACCGCACAUGGAAGGCUUGGUAGAUUACAUGGUCACACAACAACGAAAUGUGAAGAAUCAAGAAUUGGCUCUGGAUGCAGCCGAGUUCUGGUUAUGUGUCGGUGAAGAUGAGAACAUGCGCGAGCAUCUCGGGCCCUACUUGGCCAAGAUUGUGCCCGUCCUUCUUUCCAGCAUGGUAUACAGCGAGGACGAGAUUAUGCGACUUGAAGGCGAGGAGGAUGAUUACGACGUCGAAGAUCGAGAAGAAGACAUCAGGCCAGCUUUUGCGUCGACCAAAGCCGGAAGACUGACGACGGGCCCCAAUGGCGAAGUCGCUACGACCACCAAUGGCGCAUCCGAUACCACGCUCGAGAACAUUGAUGACGAUCUCAGCGAAGGAGAGAUUGAAGAUUUCGACGACGAAGACGACGAGUUUGGUGACCCGGAAGAACAGUGGAAUCUGCGCAAGUGUUCUGCCGCGGCAUUGGACGUGCUGGCUUCGGUAUUCCAUGAGGCAGUAUUUGCGGCCACGCUGCCUUAUCUGACAGACAACCUCAACCAUGCCGACUGGCCUAACAGAGAAUCAGCCGUCUUGGCUCUCGGUGCUAUUGCCGAUGGCUGCAUGGAGGUUGUCGAGCCGCAUCUUCCCAUGCUGACACCCUAUCUCAUCACACUGCUGCAAGACCCCAAGCCCGUUGUACGUCAGAUCACAUGCUGGUCGCUCGGACGUUACUCUGGAUGGGCGUCCCAUCUGGACAAGGCUGGGAAGUCACAAUUCUUCGAGCCAGUAAUGGAGGGCAUUCUGUUGAAGAUGCUUGACAAGAAUAAAAAGGUCCAAGAAGCCGCGGCAUCCGCCUUCGCUAACCUCGAAGAGAAGGCCAACACUGAGCUCAAGGACUACUGCGAGGUCAUCAUUCGCCAGUUUGUUCAGUGUUUUGCCAUGUACAAGGACCGCAACAUGUUCAUCCUAUACGACUGCGUACAGACUUUAGCUGAGCAUGUUGGUCCAGCCUUGGCUCGCGACGAUCUCGUCAGCAUGCUUAUGCCCGCGCUCCUGCAGCGAUGGAACAAGGUGUCUGACCAGUCAAGAGAAAUGUUCCCUCUGCUCGAGUGUCUCUCCUACGUGGCGACAGCGCUCGGCAGAAAGUUUGCGCAAUAUGCUGUUGGCAUCUUCACACGAUGUGUAAAGAUCAUCCAGCGCAACCUUGAAGAGGGUGCCAUGGCUGCCGAGAUCAACGGUUUCGAAGCUCCGGACAAGGACUUCCUCGUCACAAGCCUUGACUUGAUCAGCGCGAUAAUUCAGGCAUUGGACAUGCAAGAUAGCGUACAACUGGUUGGGUCCACGUCGCAGUUCUUCCAAUUAUUAGCUGUCUGCAUGAGCGAUCCUAACAACGACGUGCGACAAUCCGCUUAUGCGCUCUUGGGAGACUGUGCAAUAUACGUGUUUGAUCAGCUCCAACCAGGCUUGCCCACGAUACUGGAGAUUCUCAUUGCACAACUCGAGGUUGCCAAGAUUCACCUUGAUGGCGAAGAAACUGGUUACUCAGUGAUCAAUAAUGCCUGCUGGUCAGUUGGAGAGAUUGCUAUGAGGCAGAAGGAAGGUAUGCAGCCUUAUGUCGAGAGGCUACUGCACAAGUUGGGCACGAUUUUGUUUGACGAAAACGUGCCGGAUUCGCUCAACGAAAACGCUGCGAUUGCAUUGGGAAGGCUGGGCCUGGGAUGCUCGCAAUACCUCUCUGUCCAUCUUGCUCAGAUAGCGCCCAACUUCCUCCGCUCCGUCCAAAAGGUCAGCUGGACAGAUGAAAAGUGCCACGCGCUCACCGGCUUCAUGAUGAUCAUGCUAGCCAACCCCGGAGCCAUGGAACAAUCCCUCCUCGAGUUUUUCAGCGAGAUCUCCACGGCCGACUUGAACGUCGUCGGAUCGAGUGUCGGCCAGGCAUUCCGCUCCACCGCCAAACAGGUCAUCCAGACGUACAGAGGCAUGAUCCCCGACUUCGACGCCUUCCUCGGAGGCCUGCCUCCAGACCAACAGGCUUCGUUCCAGCAGUUGUACAGCACCGCCUAA